AUGAUUAUACCAUUCACAAUAUUUCAUAUCAUUGUUUUAAUAAUAUCUCCCAUAUCUCCUUCACUGGCCUCGGCACAAGAAGAUGGAAUCAUAGCACAAUAUGGUUGUAAUUCAACAUGUGGAACAGUUCCAGUCCCUUUCCCAUUCGGAAUGAAUGAACCUCAUUGCUAUGCACACAAAUGGUUCGAAAUAGAAUGCAAAUUUGACAACAAUACUUCUUCUAGAGAUCCUAAGCCUUACUUGAAGUCGUUAAAUCUUCAGGCUGAAAACACGUUUCUAGCUGUGGGAUGUAACAACCUUGCUUUUCUUCAGUCAAACGGGACAACUGUUGGUGGUUGUGUAUCAAUUUGUGAUGACAACAACAGUAACAAUUACAAUUUCACUAGUGACGGUUGUAAUGGAAGGUAUUGUUGUGAAACCUCAUUGCCUUCACAUCUUUCAGAGUUUAACGCAACACUAAGAGGUUUAAGGGAACAGAGUAGUGAUGGUUGUGGUUAUGCUUUGAUUGCAAGUGAUUAUUGGAUAAUGUUAGAUAGUUCGUAUCUGAGUAUUUAUGAGAUUGAGACACUGAAUGAGUUGAAGAAUAUGGAAUAUGCUCCUGCAAUGCUUGAGUGGGAGAUUUUGAAUUAUAUGUUAAUAAAUUCGACAUUUCAACUACCUCCAAAUUGUUAUGACUCCAAGGUUACUUCCUUAAGUAACAGAACCACUGGUCAACAAUGUGGGUGCUCCUUGGGCUACUAUGGCAAUCCCUACCUUGAUGGAGGCUGCACAGAAAUUCCAGGAUUCUUUGAUAAGCAUAACCGAUCAAAGAAGUGGGCUAUUGUAGGAAUUUCAUCAAGUCUCGGAUCCAUCGGUUUCCUCAUUGGUCUAUGGUUUUUGUACAAAGCUAUGAAACGAAGAAUGAUAAAGAAACGCAGAGAAAAAUUCUUCAAAAGAAAUGGUGGUUUGUUGUUACAAAAAAGAAUGUCUUCAGGAGAAGUAAAUGUUGAUAGAACUACUCUCUUCACCUUAAAGGAUUUAAAGAAAGCCACUGAUAAUUUCAAUAAGAAUAGAGUUCUUGGAAAGGGGGGCCAAGGUACAGUUUACAAAGGCAUGCUGGUGGAUGGUAAAAUUGUUGCUGUGAAAAAAUUUAAGGUUGAAGGAAAGGUUGAAGAGUUCAUCAAUGAGUUUGUUAUUCUUUCACAAAUCAACAAUAGAAAUGUUGUCAAACUAUUGGGAUGUUGUUUGGAGACAGAAAUUCCUUUGCUUGUUUAUGAAUUCAUUCCCAACGGUAACCUUUUUGAGUAUUUGCAUGACCAAAAUGAGGACAUACCAAUGACAUGGGACAUGCGUUUGAGAAUUGCAACAGAAAUUGCUGGAGCUUUAUUUUAUUUGCACUCAAUUGCAUCUCAGUCAAUUUAUCAUAGAGACGUCAAAUCAACAAAUAUACUAUUGGAUGAAAAGUAUAGGGCAAAAUUAGCAGAUUUUGGAGCAUCAAGAAUAAUUUCAAUUGAAGCUACUCACCUUACCACAAUGGUUCAAGGUACUUUUGGAUACUUAGACCCUGAAUAUUUUCACACUAGUCAAUUUACAGAGAAAAGUGAUGUGUACAGCUUUGGAGUAGUUCUUGCUGAACUUUUAACUGGUAAGAAGCCAAUAUCCUCUGCAGAAAGAUCUGGGGAAUCACAAAGUUUAGCAUCUUAUUUUGUCCAGUGUGUAGAAGAGAAUAAGUUGUUUGAGAUUACUGACAAAAGGGUCACAAAAGAAGGGGGGAGAGAACAUAUCAUUGCAGUUGCAAAUCUUGCAUAUAGAUGCUUAGAAAUGAAUGGAAGAAAACGACCAACUAUGAAAGAAGUCACAUUAGAAUUGGAAGGGAUCAGGGGAUUGAAUAGGAAACUUAAUGCACAACAAAAUCAUGAUGAAAUUGAGCUUUCUGGAAUUGAAGAAUACCAACCUUGGGAUGGGUAUUCUGCAUCAAAUUCAUUGCCAAUUGUCAGCAGCCAAACACACUCUACAGACUCAGAGGUUAUGCAUAUUCUUGCAUUAGAAUAG